GCACCAACCAUGCAUUGCCAACUAACUUAAACUCUUAUUUCUUGAAAUUUCCUUUUCAAUCAGCCUAUUCGAUCGUCUUGUUUCUCUUUCCAUCACCUUCCCUCAAUAACAACAAUAAAUAUUCAUCCUAACACCCUUCUCUUUCUUCGUUUCCUAUCUGAAAAUCAGAGGGCCAGUGGCAUAAUCAUCAUUCGAAAGAGAUCGAGUUUGAGUUGGUGGUGGGGUGUUUGUGGAAAACGUCGGACAACAGAACCAAUAAUUAAUUUUGUACGUCCAUAAUAUUAUUAAAUUAUACGUACAGAGGUUUAACUCUUUUAGCAUAUAAAGGGGAGGCUAACGGUUAAAAAAACAGUAAAGAAAAGGAAAAAAAAAAUAGAGUCAUCACCAAAGACACCGGACAUCAAAGGAGGAUCAACAGGAAGUGCAACAAAUUAUCACUGAUGGACAAUCUUUUAGGUCUUUUGAGGAUCAAAAUAAAGAAAGGAGUGAACCUUGCUGUCCGUGAUGUUCGCACCAGUGAUCCUUACUGUGUCGUCAAGAUGGGUAAAAAACAGAAACUGAAGACACGAGUUAUAAAGAAGGAUAUUAAUCCUGAGUGGAAUGAAGAUUUGACCCUCUCUGUUUCCGAUCCCAGUAUUCCUGUUAAGCUGACUGUUUAUGAUCACGACACAUUCAGCAUGGAUGACAAAAUGGGAGAUGCAGAGUUUGACAUCAAACCAUUUGUAGAGGCUUUGAAGAUGAACUUAGAUGGCCUCCCAUCUGGCACUGUAAUUACAAGAGUACUACCUUGCAGGACAAACUGCCUCGCCGAAGAGAGCCAAGUUGUAUGGAAAGAUGGUAAAGUUGUGCAAGAUAUAAUCCUAAGGUUGAGAAAUGUGGAAUGUGGAGAAGUUGAACUCCAGCUUCAGUGGAUAGACCUUCCUGGCACUAAUAUUGGGUAGAUUAAUGCAGCACCAGGAUAUAUAGUUUACCUGGAAGCUUGUGUUGUCUAUAUCAACUACAGACUGAUUUCUGCUCCUACAAGUCAAUGGCUUGUGGGAUUUGAUAAUGAAGUUUGUUAUAUAUAGAUCAAGUUUGAUGAAGACCUUUUCACUCUGCACCUGUAUGUGCACAAGGUUUGUAGCUUAGUGGAUAUGGGGUUUGAACGUUUCUUUCUUAGUCAUGUAAGUCACUGGAAUUACUUGUGUUAUAUACUCUCUAUUCUGUAAUAAUGAUGAUACCCUUUUUUAAAGAAAAUUGCGUACUUUUUCUUUCU